AAUUCAUUCUUGAAAAUAUUCAUGGCUUUUGUGUUUCAUCAAGCUGUGUUGAAAUCUUGCCUUCAUUGUUUCUUAAAAAGGAGAAGAACAGAUAUUCUAAACUGGCAUCCCGACAGAGUUUCUUUCUGUACAGCCUCGCAGCUCUGGAAGUUUUCUUCCCCUGUUUGCAGAACAAGACUGUUCUGUUGCAGCCUUCAGGAAACAAAGCAGGACAAGGAACGAGGCCAGCUUCAAGCGUCGGAAGCAAUGAAGUGUUCAAGGAGUGAGAAUAGUUUGAAUGUACACAAGUUGUUUGAGACGCAACUGACACAGUUUUACAAACUGGUUCAAGUCUUGAAAAAGCCAAUGGGCGCAAUUUUACUUAGCUUGCUUCUUAUGUUAUCCUCUUUGGACCCUACCUUCGCUGCAAGGUCGAGUGGAAGAAUCGGAGGGAGUCAGUUUUCUGCUCCAAGAAUGACUCCAUCUCCUCGUUCUUAUGAAUAUAGAGGUGGAGGUAGCGGAAUGGGUUCUUUCUAUUCUCCUUUUCCUGCAACCCCUAUUAUCCCUUUUGGAGGAUUUUAUUCUUCACCUCUCAUUGCACCUUUUGGCUUAGGUACCUUUAUGAUGUUUCUCAUUAUGGCAGGAACUGUUCUUCCUCUUCUUCGUAAAAAUACGUUGGAAAGUGGAGAAUCAGAGGAAGACGUAUUCAAUGCACCUGUUACAAUUUGUGAGUUGAAGAUUGGUUUGUUGUCUUCUGCAAGAUACCUACAGGAAGAGUUGGAAAAUCUAGCAGAAAGUGCAGAUACCAGUUCCAAGGAUGGAUUGUUUUACGUAUUAAAUGAAACAAUAUUGGCGUUGCUUAGACAUCCAGAGUAUUGGUGUUAUGCUGCCAUCAAUACGAAAGUAACCAAAUGGACCCAUGCAACAGCAGAGUUUAAUCGAAAGAGUGUCGAAUCGCGCUCCCAUACCAAAUCAGAGACCCUGAGCAACUAUAACAAUCGAAGAAUGAGAAGAGAGAAGUUUUCUGGUGACGAUUCUUCCAGUCUUCCCGGAGAAUACAUUCUAAUACAUGUUAUCGUAGCAACUGAAGGGAAACUCUCACAAUUACCGUCAGAGUUAAACUCUGAAUCUGAUGUUAAGGAAGCAUUAAAGGUUCUUUCAAGUACUUGGAGUGACAAGCUUCAGGGUCUUGAAGUCAUUUGGGUGCCACAGUCUGUCGAUGAUGUCUUGACUGGAAACGAAAUGCUUUUACAGCAUCCCGAAUUGCGUCGUAUUUCAUGACAUGGAUUGAUUCUAAAUAGCUAUUUUGUGUUGGG